AUGGUGAGCCUUUAUUUGUUCUCCUUCAAUAUUUUGACGGGAGGAGAAAGGAGCGGAGAGAAAGAGGGACUCACGAGAUUGCUUAAUAUAAUAACGGGAAUUUUAUUUCAUGCAUUAUGUUUCCUUGCUCUGGCUAUACAGAUUGGCAUAGGCACCAUCAUUGUAAUCGAACUGAUACUGUAUAUUGGGCUGCGCCAAGUAGUGCGCGCAUGGGAAAGUUUAUUUAGCUGGCGCGGAAAACGGCGCCGGCUACGUAGCAAAUUACGAGCUGCAGAAUCUUACGAGGAAUGGUGUCAAGCUGCAGAUGCACUGGACAGAUACAUGGGCAAAGAUGCAUGGAAGGAGUCGGCGCCCUACAGUUUUUACGACUACCGUCUUAUUCAAAAAGUCGUUCGGCAUCUUAGACUGUACAGAGCCAAUGCAGAGCAUGACGUCGAGGCUGCCACCAACCUUAAAGACGUGCUGUACGCAUGUCUGAAACAGAAUUUUGCCGGUAUAGAAAACGCUAAGCUGUACAGUAACACAUAUCUUGGUACCAAGAACUUGGUUGAAGAAUACGUUGAUGAAGUAACUCGAUCCAUCGAAGCAUUGGCCAAAAAUAAGCACAUUUCACUUGAAGACAAGCGUUUGGGGUUUAAAUUGUACUCGAAAAAUUAUGGUCGUUCUGCGUUCUGUCUUUCCGGUGGUGCCGGGUUCGGUUAUUAUCAUCUGGGUGUCAUCCGCGAACUUUUAGAUCGACGACUUUUGCCACCGAUUAUUACUGGUACUUCAGCUGGUGCUCUGAUGGGUGCAAUUCUAUGUACCCGCACUGAUGAGGAGCUGCGACAGGUGCUGGUACCUGAAUUGUCACACAAGAUCAAGUUUGUUCACGAUUCAUUGAUUGCACAUAUUGCUCGAUACGCAACUACUGGAGCCAUUUUUGACAGUGACCAGUGGUGUCGCCUCGCAUUAUGGUUUUGUCGUGGAUCCCUUACCUUCAAAGAAGCAUAUGAGCGCACUGGACGUAUCUUCAAUGUUACUGUGGUGCCGAAUGAUCCUCAUUCACCACCGAAGCUUCUCAACUAUAUCACGGCGCCAAACUGUGUCAUUUGGAGCGCCAUCAUGGCGUCAGCUGCAAUUCCAGGGAUUCUUAACCCGAUGGUCCUGCUCCAGAAGACCCCUCGAUCGAAUCAUUUGACACCGUACAACUAUGGCCUCAAGUUCAAAGAUGGUAGCUUGCGCACGGAUAUUCCCACCCAGACAUUGUACAACAGCUUUGGCGUCAACUACACAAUAGUGAGCCAGGUCAACCCACACAUCCAUCUCUUCUUCUACGCUAACCAAGGAAGCCCUGGAAGGCCUGUUACACAUCGAUGGGGUAAAGGCUGGCGUGGUGGUUUUCUUGCAUCGGCCGCUGAACAAUUUCUGAAACUGGACUUGACAAAGUGGCUCAAAGUCCUUCGAGAUUUGGAUUUAUUACCAAAGAUCAUGAACCAAGAUUGGAGUUAUAUUUGGCUUCAAAAGUUUGAUGGCACUGUCACCAUAUUGCCCAAGACCAACUUACUUGACUGGAUCCAUAUCAUAUCGAAUCCUACAGAGGAGCGAAUGAAGCAUGCCAUGGAUGUUGGUCGAGCACGGACAUGGCCUAAUAUCUCCAUGAUAUCCAACCGUUUAAGGAUAGAAAACGCCAUUCUCCAGGGAAGGAAACUAGUACGAAGACAGAACAAACAGGAACAGCGACCACGAGCGCAAAAGCGAGCGUCAUUGGCUAUGGUGAGUGAUGACGCUUCGGGCAGCAAUGACGAAGUCAUCUUUUUGUCUGGGCGACGUGCAAGUAUGCCGGAUGGCUCGGGACCGCUACAGGAAAAGGAAUGGCGUAAAGAAGAAAAUCGUCGACGCAAGUUCCUUGCCCAGUUUACUGAUCGUCGCGAAAUCAUGGAUGGCAAAGAAAUUGAAGCACAAGCAGCAGAAUCCCAAGCAUUCUACUAUAACAGCGACGAAGAUGAUGAAUCUGUUGCAUAAAACAUAUUCCCAAGUCUUAUUUUCGUUGCAUUUUCCUUGCGGACAACGCCAACUACCUGCAUUUCAUUUAUAUCCCCUCCUCUUUUCCCCUUGGUAAACUUUCUCUCUAUCAUACCUGUCAUCAUAUCACCUCCCAUUUCCUUCCUUCUUUUAGAGCAGUGUCGACUUCUAUAUAAGUUUUAUGUUCACUUGUCAAUGUAUUUUUUAAUCACUUACAGUGAGUCAGAGAGAAGUAUAUACCACAUUACUUCCAUUAUAUAUUCAAGAAGUAAUAUAAUGCGCAUCAUCC